AUGGAAGAAACGCGUCAUGCUAUUCGCCAGGGCCGUGUAUUAGCCAAUGAAGGGCUGUAUACGCUUGCUAUGGAGACAUGGAAGGCAGCACUAAAUGGUGCAUAUGCAUUGCAAGACUAUGCCGGAAUGUUUGUACUUACGAUGGACAUUGGCGACGCUUGUGCACGAAUUGCAAUGCAGUCGAAGGUGUCGAGUCUUGAGAAGGUAAAACUAUUAGAAGAGGCCGUAGCAAAUCUUGACUAUGCGCUGAAGAUUGUGGAGCAAUGCUCACUUCAUGAGGUCUUGACAGAGUAUCGCGUGUUGUAUCAUGGUGUGAUGCGAGCUGAGGCACUGAGAAGACAAGCGCAACAACGCAUUGAGAAGCUACAGCGGAGGAAGGAUCAAAGUGAAGCAAUUAAGACGAUACCAUGCUCAACUUGUACAAAUGUUGCUGAUGAAUUGAUUUUGGACGAAAAUGAUGGAUGUUAUUACUGCAGAAGAUGUUUCGAGGAUUAUUAUGGUGCUGCAGCUGCAGAACAAUUAGCUCGGAUGAAAGACAACAAGAAAGCUGUUGCAGUGAAUAGGAAGACAGCUACAUCCUCUGCAGUAAAGGGCGAUGAUCUUGAAGCUGUUGUGCGUGAAAAGGAAAUAACAGAAUCGUUGGAUGCUGAUUUUGCAAGCAAUAAAAAGAAGCACACAGCACAAAAGACAAUAGAGAUAAUGGAUCGCGUUCGAUACGAGCGGGUGGAACUUGGUUCACUAGGAGAAUUUCUGGCGGGAAAGACUCGUACAAAUGUUAUUGAACAAAAUGGCGACAAUGGGAGCCUUGAGUUGAGCACUAAAGCAUCACCAUCGGCAAAAACACAUUCAGAUUCUGCUAGGCCUUCGGAUCUCGUCGAUAAUUCGAUUAUAAAUUGCGAGGAACGGAUGUUGAAAGCAGCUUAUCCACCAGCCACAUUGCUCAAGACUCAAAUACAAGUGGACCAACCACCAGAUAAUGACGAAGACACUAACGAUAACCCACUUGAAAAGUUACAGUACACGAUUGGUGAGUUGAUGGAGUUACGAAAUUUUUCACCCACGGAUUGUCCGAGUACUCUAUUGGCUUCUCCUGUGUACGACGACGGCACAAUUUCGUCGUAUAAGGCGAAGAGCUUGCAUAAACAUGUUCAUGCGAAAACCAAAUCAAGAAGAGCGGUCUCACUGGGAUUGGAUGACGCUAAAGACAUUAAAUUUGAUGUAGCACAUGAGACAAACGUCUUGCCAUUGCCAACACUAGACAUGAGCGCCACGUUGCACCAGAUUUCACAAACUAAUGAAGAUUAA